AUGGGCCGGGUAUCAAAUGGCAGUAUCAAACUCCCGGCGUCAGAUCUUACGCCUGUUAAGAUUCGUGGGAAGAAGAAAAGACCAAGGAAGCAGUUCGACGGCGUGGAGGUGGACGGGGAUCGAUCAACCCAAGAAACGGAUCCCAGUCGCGAAUCAUCGGUUUUUUUUGAGAAAAGGGGUCCAAGGAAGAAGCGAAAGGAUAAAAAUAAAACCUCCAAACCCCGGGAAUCAAAAUCUUCAAUAGGGCAACUCUCCCUACUCGAAUUGCUUCCUGUUGAACUAAUUCAACAGAUAUUUAUAGAAUGCCUGGAACUCAACUUGCCCCGCGCGUCACCCCACUUGGCGGACGUUUUGUCCACAAGCUGGGUGUACAGUGGGUUGAUCAUGCUGGCGUUCUGGAAUGAUCCGGCGCGAGAAGACGACGAUUCACAAGACACCAUAAGGAGAAUGUUUCGACCGUUCCGAUAUAUCCCGAUGGACAAUCUCGAGCGCCAGCUAUUCCAGCUGUCAGUUCUUAGCUGCCGAUGGUGCACGCAGGAACGCAUUGAAGCUUUGAUUAGGAGGAUGACCAAACUGUCGUUACAUCGAUGGAUUUCCAUUUCAAAGCACAGAGUGACAUCCCACUUCGAUUUCGAUGCCAUGGCAGAAUCGAUUGAACGCGGCCAUGGCACCGUACACCAUCUACGGUACCUUCAAAAUGUCCCGCUCCCGUUUACCCCCUCUCUCGAAAUCAAUAACCUUGAGACUUUGAGUCUACUUCCUCUUCAAUUUCCAAUAUCAGUGCUAGCAUUCCCUGAUAAGGUCCUGCGUGGGAGUCCAUGGACGGAAUCAAAGGUCCGAUUCUUGGAAUUUCUCUGGCAAUACGUCAUGAUCGCGGAGAAUAGGUUGGAGUUCUGGCUCACGUUUGCUUCCCGAGAAUCAAUACAAGAGGGAAUCCAUUCCGCUAUUUCGGAACAUAACCUUCGCGCGUUGCGUGAUAUAUUAGCGUUGGAUGAUUCUUGUUACCAGUCUCAUGACAACAGGCUGCACCAAGUUCUUAAACCUUAUCUCCUGCCGGAAGAAUAUUUUAUAAUAGCUUCGCGCCAGGGGGAGUAUGCUACCGCUAUCCUGAGGCUUCUUGUUCGCGCAGCGCCACUAUCAGUUCCGUCGGAUGACCCUGAACUCACAGAAUGGGCGAUAAAGUCACAGAAUAAACAGAAUGUAUUUGGAAGUUGGCUAAUACAGUAUAUGAGGGACGUUCCGGUCCUCGCCAAAUCUGAAGAUACGGUCUUCAGUGAAGGCUGUCCCCAGCCGACUCUGCCACUUUACGGCUGGGAUUACAAGGCUGUGUUUGGCGUUGGGCGGCUAAGUUGGACUGCUGAGUUGCUGGAAACAGUAUAUAAAAAGUGA